AUGGCGGAGAACAAGAAUGCGAAGUACCGGACAGAGAUCCAGCAGAUGAUGUUCGUCUCUGGCGAGACUAGCGACGUGUCUCCAGAGACUACCAGCAUGAUCGAGAGCAUCGUUCAGCAGCAAGUCAUGGAAAUGCUCAAGCGCGCGACAGAACUAGCCGCUCGGCGCGGUGUUCGGACUAUCUCCACAGACGACCUCAUCUUUCUGAUCCGCCACGACAAGGCUAAGGUUUCGAGGUUGCGCACAUUCCUGUCAUGGAAGGAUGUCCGCAAGAGCGCCAAAGAUAGCGACGACAAAGGCGGAGGUGGAGGGGAUGCGGGCGGUGUCGAUGAUUUCGAUCUGGCCACGAACGACCCUACUCUUGGCACCGGACCCAGCGUCGGCACCAGGAACAGCAAAAACAAGAAAGCCAAAGUCGGCCUUCCGUGGGAUGUAUCGAGCUUCUAUGCCGAGCAGGUUCCUGAACGCGAAGAUGAAGAAGACGAGGAGGAAGAGGAGAUGAAUGCGGCCACCCUCCAGCGACUGAAGCAAGCUGACGAGCGCACCAAAGGCAUGAAUGCUGAAGAAUACCUCCACUUCUCUGAAUGUCGGCAGGCUUCUUUCACCUUCCGCAAAGGCAAGCGAUUUCGCGAGUGGGCUGGCUUUGGCGUUGUCACGGACUCGAAGCCAAACGAUGAUAUUGUCGAUAUUCUCGGUUUCUUGACAUAUGAGAUCGUCACGCUUUUGACAGAAGAGGCUCUGAAGGUCAAAGCAGCGGAAGACGCCUUGAAGAGGGAAAGCGGCGGAGAUGAAGAGAAGCGAGGGCGGAAACGCAGACGAGAACCUGGCUUGUUUGACCCGCCUGAGGAAGCUAGGACACCAGUCGGACCCAAGCACAUCCAGGAAGCCUUUCGACGAUUGCAGAAGCCGGAUAUCAAGUCGAGGUACAUGCACCAUGUACCGAAGGGAAACUGGCAGCGGCCGCUGAAGUUGAUUUGA